GUAGCUUCUACAGCUUUUGACGGCAGGUGUUUCUUUAGAAUGAGCUGCUUCUGAGACACAUUCUCAAGACAAUGCUGCGACUUGCAGUCAUUUUGCUCCUGUUCACUGUUGUUCAGGUGCAGGGAACCUGUGAUGAGGGUUACUUUCAAUUCACUGGAAGUUCAGACUGCUUUUCUCUGAAACCUAACCAAGGAGGUCAAAUCAGAGUAACAUGGAUGGACGCCAGGUCUGAAUGCAACAAUGAUGGUGCCACUUUAGCUUCUAUCAAGAGUUUAAACGAUCAAGUGUACCUGAAUGUCUUCCUAAACACUGCUUCUGCUUCUGAGGGGGUAUGGAUUGGACUGCGUGCCAGCAAUGAUUCUGGCGAUUAUGAAUGGAUUGAUGGUAAUGCAUUGGGAGGAUUUGAAAAUUGGGGUACAGAUCAACCUAAUUCCAGUGUCUCUCCAGGAAAUAGGUGUGUACAGAUACUACCAGAUGACAAAACACCAGGUUUGUGGAAGACCGUCAACUGUAAUGAAGCUAACACAAUUUACUACUUCUGCCAAAAAGAUCCUGUUGAUAAUAAUUCACCAGUGCAACCAGGUUGUGAAGCCAACUCUGACUAUUUUUUUUACGAUGGCACUUGCUUCAUGAACAUCAGCGGCUCAAUGUCAUAUGAUGAAGCUAGAACAGCAUGCCAACAAACUUCACCUAAUGCUGAUCUUGCAGCAGUAAAUAAUGUUUACCAUAAAAAUGUUGUCCAGUUGUUAAUGCUCAGCAGUAACAUAACAUCAGCAUGGAUUGGACUUCGCAGUGAUCGAGGGAGGUUCAUUUGGGAGGACAGAACUCAGAAUGUCAAGUAUACCAAUUGGGCAGCGAUGCAACCACAACCUUCAGAUACCAACGCUUGCGUGUCUACAGAUGGUGAUGCUUGGACAUGUGAAGACUGUAAUGAGAUGAAGCCAGCUAUAUGCUCAAUCCCAAUAGAUACAAACACAGAUACAAAAUUCCAAGGGGAAUGCCCAGAUGGCUGGGGUAUAGUUGGAUAUGAGUGUUUCACCUACGUCAGUGUAAACAUGGCAUGGGAGAAUGCACAACAGCAUUGUGAAGGACUCUACCCUGGUGCUUCUCUGUAUACUGCCCAUUCUGCACAGCCAAUUAACUGGCAGGAGUAUGGCGUAUUUCCAGGGUCUGAGUUUUGGCUUGGAAUGACCAGAAAUGAUGAUAACAAGUUUGAAAUAAUUGAUGGGAGUAUUGUAGAUUAUGUCAACUGGAAACCAGGUGAACCUUCAUCAGAUCCCAACAAAGACUGUGUCAUUGGAGCUGUGCCACAGACCGAUGCUUUUACCUGGUCUAGUGCUGAUUGUAGUAUUGGGCGCCGCUUUUUUUGCUCUUUUCUUUCAAUUUCAAGCCCCCCAGACACAGGAGAGUGUCAGGCUGGCUGGUUGAAGGUAGACAAUAAAUGUUAUCGCUAUUUUGAGGACGAGAUGACAUUUAUUGAAGCCCAGAUAUCAUGUGAAAGCAAGGCAAUUGGUGGAAACCUGGCUGCGAUCACUUAUGGUGGUCUACAAGAAAUUCUGACUUAUGCGAUGAGAGGCUUUGCCAGAGAUGUCUGGAUUGGUCUUCAGGAUACAUUUAAUAGCCGAGAUUUCAAAUGGACAACUGGAGAUGCACUAGUGUACACAAAUUGGGCACCAGGCCAGCCAGAUGGAUAUUUGGAUUUCUUUGAUGACAGUCUGGAUAGAAAUGAUUGUGCCAAGAUGAUAGCAGAUAGUGUAUCUCCUGGUUUGUGGGAUGACGUAAGUUGUAGUUCAACCAAACUGCCCUACUUCUGUGAAUGCUACUUGGAUCGUUUACUCCUGCCUUCGACCCCAAAUCCGAACCUCUCCUGUCCUCCAGGCUAUGUGGAAGGUUUUCCUGGAUCAUGCUAUCGUUUGAUUGUGAAGAGCCAGACAUAUGAGGAAUCCCUGAUAGAAUGUCAGAAUGACAAAGCCAGCCUUGCAUCCGUUGCAGAUGGAUAUGAGCAAGGUGUCUUGCAGUAUUUUCUUUCAUCUUCUGACAAUGCAGGAACCACGAUGUGGAUUGGCAUGGAUGACAUGGAUAAAAACGGUGAAUACACAUGGACAGAUGGGAGCCCAGUCAGGUAUGUGAAUUGGCUUAGCGCCAAUUCGCCUCAGCCUAGAAUGUGUGUUGCUGCUCAGAAAAGUGCAAAGUGGUUAGAAAGUGAUUGCAACGAGACACGACCAGCCAUGUGCAGAACAACAAGUGACAUACCUGUUACACCUCCACCUGGUGAAACACAUUGUGAUGAUGGAUGGGUGCAUUACAGCAACUCCAACCCCAGACUGUGCUAUCUGAUUAAUACUUAUCGAUUACCCAGUGGUGCUGUUUCUUCUACUCAGUAUGUCACUUAUGCAGAAGCCAAACAGCUAUGCGAAACUCAAGGUGCAAUUCUUGCUACUGUCCAUAGUCCAGACCAGAAUGACUGGCUGUACAGAAACAUUCGUGUUACUCUUGGAAAGAGGAAAAUCUGGCUUGGCAUGCACCGUUCAAUUGAUGGUCCUCUGCAAUGGGACAAUGGUGAUGCAGUCAACUAUGUAUUCUGGGCAAACGGUGAACCAAGCAAUGGCCAAGAGGGAACAGACUGUGUCACUUUCUUUGCUGGUAAUGAUGGUGUUGGACCAUGGAGUGACUCCAGCUGCUUUGAACGCAAUGCCUUUGUUUGCCAAAAGGUUGCCAAUGAUGGACCAAAGCCACAAUGUGAAUCCGGGUGGGAAGAGUUGGCUGGCUCUUGUUUCUACUUUCGAAUACCUCAGGAUGGGGUGCUGGAUUGGCAUAAUGCAGAGGCAUUUUGCAACCAACAGGGAAGUAACCUUGCAAGCUUAAGUUCUCCAACUGAGCGAGAGAGUGUUAGUCAAAUUCUUAGAAAUCGCUAUGCUACCAACCCAGAAUCUUGGCCGUGGAUUGGUUUCAGGAGAUUACCUUAUGAUCAAGAUUUUAUAUGGUCAGAUGGCACUCCCUUGAAUGUUGGUUCUACAUCUUGGCGUAAUGGCCAGCCUGACAACAUUGAUGAUGACUGUGUUGUUAUUGAAUCUGAAGGCACUGCUACAUUGUGGAAUGACAUCAAUUGUGGCCUAUCACGUCCCUUUAUUUGCAAAAAGCCAAUCGAUUCUGGAGGCUUACCAACUCCUGGGACAACACAAGAUCCUAGAGGAGCAUGUAAAGGUGAUGAGAGUCGUAUCGGAAGCCAUUGUUAUAAACUUGUUUUGGAACCCCAGAAUUGGGAAUCUGCUCGUGAUGAAUGUUCAAAGCUUGGACGAAAUGGUGAUUUGGCGUCUGUACCCAUCUAUGCUGUGCAAGCCUUGAUUGCCUCUCUAGUAAAGUAUGCCCCAGUGGACAACAUUUGGCUUGGAAUGACCUCUAAGAUGCCUGCCAGUAAUUUUGUCAGAGAAUUCCACUGGGUUGACGGCAGCAGCUUGACCUUUACUAAUUGGGGAUCAGGACAACCUAGUUUAUCAAUCAGUCAGGAUAGCUGUGUCAAGAUGUUAACUGAUCCAGAUGAACCAGGUGAAUGGUAUGAUGAUAAGUGUGACAAAGUGUAUUCAUACAUCUGCAAAUAUGACUUGGAUCCAAAUGCUGGACCACAACCACCAGUCUCUUUUGCACCUUGCCCAAGCAGCUUUGUAGGCACACCGCCAUCAUGUUUCAGGAUUGAAGAGACAGAACGUCCCUUUUCUACUGCCUUGGAUGGGUGUGAAGCCGUUGGUGGCAUUCUAGCCCCAGUCAUGGAUGGCUAUGAGAAUGCCUUCAUUGAGCUACUUAUGUACAAUAGCGGUAUCAAAUCAUUAUGGGUUGGUCUUCGUGCAGAUGAUAGUACUUCAAGCAAGUAUGAAUGGACUGCUGAACAGUGGCCCAUACAAUACAUCAACUGGGCAUACGGAGAACCUUCUCUUGUGCAGGGAUGUGUUGCAUCCGUUUACUCUGAAGGUUGGAAGUCAGUGGAUUGCUCAAGUGCUAGACCUUCUUUGUGCAGAUCCAAAACAGAUACUCCCCCAACUUUUCCUCCUGUUGAUCCUGGACUUGAUUGUCCUGAGAAAUGGUAUGCAUUCAACAAGAAGUGCUAUCUUGUCAGCACUGGAUUUACUGGUGAUAAUCUCGUGAAUGCCUUCUUCAAAUGUUCCACAAUCAAAGCUUUGCCAGUCAGUAUUCAUAGCUGGGAUGAAAACAACUUCAUCAGAAUGAACGCUUUAAAUGAGUUAACUGGACGAUUCGUCUGGCUAGGACUGGUUCUUGAGCAAGGAAGGUAUUCAUGGAUGGAUGGCAGCUUGGUUGAUUUCACAAACUGGGAAGACGGAGAAGAUCCAACCCUAAAUGAUGGAAAGAAGUGUGUUGUAAUGGUCCCUGAAAGUAACGGCAGAUGGAGGAGGCAAGAUUGCUCUGAGCUAGCAGAAGUAGUGUGCAUGCUGAAUGAAUAUGAACCAAGCACCCCUUCUGCACCUACUGAUGGCCCCAAACCACCAACAAAACCCAAUCCCACAAAAGUACCUGUUACUAAAGCUCCUUCUGGUGGCCUGAGUACAGGAGCCAUCGUUGGGAUCAGUAUUGGUGGUGCUGCAGUUCUUGUCAUCUUUGUCAUCUGGCUUUGCUACUUCUGUGAAAAACAGAAGAACAACAGAAAAGAAUGGGAGCGGCGACAACGAAAUGAUGACAUAGAUGAGGACUACGGCGUAGAAAAUGUUAAGUAUAGCCAUGAUAUUGAGCUUCGUAAGAAAAAGGUAGAAAAGGAUGUCGAAAAGGUUGAAACCAAGUCAGACGGCAGCUCAAACAAAUCAGAUUCCAUUUCUGUGGCUAGUAGUAAUCCAUCAGAGGAUAUGCACUUGUAAGCAUUCACGAGACUUUACUUCAUAAACCCUCUCUUUGAGACUCAUCAUUCAAAUUUAAUAUUAAAUUUGAUGCUCACUUUCAUGCUGUGAUUGCUGUUAUCAUGUGAUAUUAUUCGAAAGGUAUCCAUUUAUGGAUGAGGAUGGUUUGGAUGAUUUUGCAAGAUUGUAAGGAGUUGGACCACCUUUAAAGCACCCUGUAAAGUUCUCAGGGUUAAAGGUUGUUAGAACUAGAGUUCCUUGAUCGGUAGAUUUCAAAAUGUAAGAAAAAGUAAAAGCAAAAUUUACUUCUUCUGAUUAGAAAAGAUGUCAAGUGUGAUUACAUGUAAAUGGUUGUUGCAGUGUCCAUGGUUAAAAUUUGAAAUUAAUCAUUUGAUUGUGAUUUAUUUCUCCCUAAUGUGCCCAAGGUCUCAUUUUCAACAGGUAUGACUUAUUUUAAAAUUAAUAUUUUGAUUGCUUAUGCUGGGAACACCAACAGGUAUGUUUACUGCAAAAAUGUUUUCAAACUGCAAAGAUGUUGAAAUGCUGAAUUUUAGCACAUCUUAAGAUUUAAAACUCUUACGUAUAUGUAUAUCAAAAGAGAUAUUAUUUCUAGUUUAAUCAAUAAGUAAACUUUAAACUUUUGUGAUGCCUGAUUUCACAGAGCAAGUCACAAACGAAUCAUAAAGAAUGAGUUACAGUGUGCUGACACAGGCUCUGCUUUAACUUUUUUGGUGAUACAUUUAUCGUGUAAGUGCAGUGGUUUUGAGUGAUUUGAAUUCUUUGUCUUUAAUAACUUGCUAACAAUUCCUCAAUUCUCUCUACGUAUAAAAUCUGUUCAUUACAUGAGAAUAAGUAUGUGGAAACUUAAAUAUUGAUUUCAUCUUUGAAAGUUAAUGCUCUCAUUUAACAUAGCAGGAGAAUUUCUUUAACAUGGAAAUUUAAUAAUGAACUAUAAGUGAAAUCCUGUAGGUUAACGUAUAAUAUAGAUUUGUGUUUUGAGCGUAGUGUUUUAGUAAGUCAAGUGUUUUUAUACUUCACAGCGCUGGGUAGAAAUGCUCACACACUUAUAAGUUUGUUUGAUAAAAUUACUGGGUAGAGAAGAUUGCUGUGGCUUUGAUUUACACCAAGACAGUGGUCCUGAUUCAAAUACACCUGGUGGUUGGUUGGGAUUUACCACAAAGAAAUAAAUGUCAGGGUCAUAUUUGAAAAAACUAGGACCUUUUUUGCCAUUUGCAAGAUAUUGGAAC